AUGGAAAAUUCACAAAAUGAAACGGAAUUAUCCGAGUUUUUGUGUUUCCUAGAAAAAGAGGAUUUUAACUAUUUUAAUAGUGAAAGAACAAAUGCCCUUUUAAAUUUAUACAAAUUAAACAAGCCAAAAGUAGGAAAGGGAGACAUAAAAACGAUGAAAAAACUAUGGGAGAUUAUAGCCCGGGAAAUGUCUAAUAAAUAUAAAAUUACUGUAAGCCCUGCAAAAUUUGAGAACAAAUAUAAGGUUCUAGAGCGAGCUUAUAAGAAAUUUGUUGAGAAUAAUAACAAGAAAAAGGGCAGGGGCAGAAAAGAAUUCGUUUAUGAAAAUAUUUUCAACGAAAUAUUUGAUAAAAAGAUGGCGGCACAGAAGUAUAGGAUCGUUGUUGCUUUAACAAUGAAAAUGUGUUUUUUUUACUGCAAAAACGGUACAAGCCACAUUGUUUACAUCAUGGCGACACCACGUCCUUCGUCGUCUCGGCAAAAACAAUUCGUUUAUAAAGAUUUUGAUGGAGAUUCUGAGGUAGAUUUCGAUUCGGAUGAUAGUAUUAAGGAUAGAGAUUAUGUGGAGAGUGAAAGUGAAACAUCCUUAAGUGAUGAAGGACAGAGAACAAUUAUUCAACUAAAAAGAUUAUGGGACAAAUUAAAACGGCAUAGAAAAGGCGACCUAGCAGAGGAAAGGCGUGAGUUGAUGACAACAGGUGGUGGAUCACCGCCACCCCUACCUCCCCCUCAACCAGAAAUAGAUAAUCUCCUACCACACCUGGAAUUUGAAAUAAAUAAUAAGGACGAUUCCGAUGGUAUAAUUUUAAAUGGAAAUGCGGAAGGUACCAAAAAAUACCAGCAAGGUGCAGUAAAUAGAGAGAGAGAGAAGGAGCACUUGGAGGAGCUGCAUAAGGUACGCCUAGAGGAGGCAAACUAUAAAAAAGAGGCUGCUAGACUGGUUAUGCUCCAGGAGAAAGAAAAAUAA